UCAUUGACCGGCGCCGGAAAAACUUCCCGCCCUCGCGGCGGAUCGCGGGAUGGUUUCAGAGUAAAUUUGACGUGCGUGGAGAGAUUUGUAUCCGUGACCAGCGUCCGCCUCCGCGGAUGGCAAGGGACCUGAUUGGACCGGCGCUGCCGCCUGGCUUCAAGGCCCGCGGGACAGCAGAGGACGAGGAGCGGGACCCCAGCCCAGUUGCAGGACCAGCUCUGCCCCCUAAUUAUAAAAGUAGUAGUUCAGACUCAUCAGACAGCGAUGAGGACAGUAGUUCUUUAUAUGAAGAAGGAAAUCAAGAAUCUGAAGAAGAUGACCCUGGUCCAACUGCAAGAAAGCAGAGAAGAAAUCAGGAUGACGAUGACGAUGAUGGGUUUUUUGGACCAGCCCUUCCUCCAGGAUUUAAGAAGCAGGAUGAUUCUCCUCCAAGGCCUAUAAUAGGCCCUGCAUUGCCACCUGGUUUCCUUAAAUCUACACAGAAAAGUGACAAGGGCAGAGAUGAUCCAGGACAACAGGAAACAGAUAGUGAAGAUGAGGACAUUGUUGGACCAAUGCCUGCAAAAGGACCAGUUAACUACAGUGUAACAACAGAGUUUGAAAAAAGGGCCCAGAGAAUGAAAGAAAAACUGACUAAAGGAGAUAAUGAUUCAUCUAAACCAAUUGUAAGAGAGUCAUGGAUGACAGAGCUUCCUCCAGAAAUGAAAGACUUUGGUCUUGGGCCAAGAACUUUUAAGAGAAGAGCUGAUGACAAAUCUGGAGAUCGCUCAAUCUGGACAGACACUCCAGCUGACAGGGAAAGGAAAGCUAAGGAAACACAAGAAGCACGGAAGUCAUUCAAUAAGAAGGAUGAAGAACAUAUAUUGUCAGGAAGAGAUAAGAGAUUGGCUGAGCAGAUAUCCUCAUAUAAUGAAUCAAAAAGAUCAGAAUCUCUUAUGGACAUUCAUCAUAAAAAAUUAAAGAGUAAGGCUGCUGAAGAUAAAAAUAAGCCUCAAGAGAGAAUACCAUUUGACCGCGAUAAGGAUCUCAAGGUUAAUCGGUUUGAUGAAGCUCAGAAAAAAGCCCUAAUAAAGAAAUCUAGAGAACUAAACACCAGAUUUUCACAUGGCAAAGGCAAUAUGUUUUUAUAAGGGGAUUUCCCUGUGCAAUGAAGAAAAGUUGAAGAAUACUCUUUUGUCUGUCUAUCCACCUUUAUUCCUUGUUUCUUAAGAUUAGAGAUUACUUUAAUCUUAAAAACUAUACAAAUUUACCUUGCUCUAUGUGUCCUUUAAGGUCAUGUGGAAACAUAAAAUUCAUGUUAGUUAUGUAGAAUAGGAUAUUUUGUGUGCCUUUGGCUUAUGAGGAAGUAUGGUCUUUCCUUCAAAUAAUUAUUUUGAGGGUCCCCCUGAUCUUUGUGGUAUCUCACAAAUGCCCUCUAAGAUGUGGUCAGGACUAUCCUCUGAAUCUCUAUCACAGCCUGGACCUCCUCGUCAAAUAUACUUAACCUGUCUGAGAGUAAGUGUGUCAAGUCCUUGAAUUUCAGAUUGGUUGGUUUUUCCCUCUAAACUGCAGCCAGUGAAUACAAAUUUAUGUGAAAAUAGAGGGUGUGGAGUUUUGUCUUUUUUGUUAUUAGUUUGCUUGUUUUUAGCACUCAGGGCUUUUUAUUUGUUUGUUUUUUGGGGGGUUUUUUAAGUCAAAAAGAGAGCUCUCUGGGAUGUCUCAUAUGCUAAGGAAAAGCUUUUGAUUUUUCUAACUUUAAUGAUAAGUAUUUCUAGGGGAGGCAAUCUGAAGGACAAGGUAAUGCCAUUAACUGUUAACAGUAUGAAAUCUUUUAAGACUCAGUCUCUAUGAUCUCAACCAAAGCUUUCUGAAGUCCUAGAACUUUGCUUUGAGAUGGUCUUACUUUACCCAUUUAUAUACUGUACUUAACAAUUUGUAGCUGAUUUAUUGGGGUCAGGUCUUUUAUUUAUUUUUUUUUUUUAUUUUUUUUUUUAUUUUUUUCUUCGAAAUUCCUCUUCUGUCAUAUGGGUCAGGUCUUUUAUAUCAAUCAUGAACAGCCUUUUUUAAGAAAUCAGACUAAUAAAUCCCUGAAUACAGAAAUGGAAAUGGAAAAUCUGUCAUCAUAGCCACCCUAAUUGGUAGCAUUAUGUUUGUAAUGUUUUAAACACUGCCUCUUUUUUUUUUUAAUUUUUAUUUUUUUAUUUAUUUUUUUUUUUGCAACUAGGUGUGGCUAUAAACACUGCCUCUUCAGGAGGAUCGCUUGAGCCCAGGAGUUUGAGGUUGCUGUGAGCUAGGCUGACGCUACGGCACUCACUCUAGCCUGGGCAACAAAAGUGAGACUCUGUCUCAAAAAAAAAAAAAAAAAAAACCACUGCCUCUUAAGAUGUCAAACAGAAACUUCUAUUUAAACUAUUAAACCAUUGUUAAAUAAAGCCUAAAGGCAAAUUCUGUAAGUUAUAUUUUCUUUCAGAUUAAUCCCAAUUAUUAGUGCUAGUUCUGUGUUCUAGUUUUGAUGAAGCACAAGGUUUUAAUGGAAAAAGAUUCUGAUUCCCAAUUCAUGUAAACUUUAUGAAAGUGAGUAACCCAUUCAAAUGAUGGUACAAAUUAUUCUUCUUUUAAUAAUAGCAGUGCAGUGUAUUUUUUCAUGACAUCAGUAUAAACUGUAGCCUACUAAAGGAGCAUUGCUAUUAAGAUGAAUAAUUAAUUCUCUUAAGCAAAUUGAAAAGCUUCUUGUCUAAGCAGAAUUGAAUAUAGCUACCUUUUAACUAAAGAUGUCAUUUUUAAUGGGUAAUAUUUUCUGACCACAAAACUUUGUACAAGAGUAUCUCCAUUGUGUUCAUUUAAUUUUGCUAUAAAUUUUUUCCACUGAAAGGAAAAAAUGUUUUCUAGUUUAUCAUCCUUAUAUAAAUUCCUAACAUAUAUUUUUGAGAAAUUGGUAUUUUUUUAAAGUAAAAAUGUCAUCUUUGGAUGCUUAUUUUUGCUUUAAUUUCCUCAUCUGAAAAGGGUAGGGAUAUUUCUGUGUUACAUAUUUAUCGUUUCUUCCCUCACCUUUGUAGUGUCCAUAACCUUGGCAUAAAGGAAAGAAAUCUCUGCUUUCUUCCUGGUACUUGCAGGAUCUACUGCCUUAGAGCUAAUGAUCUUUUAUGCCAAGCUGAAGACAAUUUUAACAAAAUUUAAGGCCAGCUCCAGAGUUUUUUUUUUUUUGCCCCAUGGAAAGAAUAAUCCCAAUCCAAGAACACUGACAACAAAAGAGCAAAGUAGCUAUUUGCACAGAAUGGAAAGGCACUCUUCACUUCAUCCCCUUCCCUCUUCCAGCUGCAAAAGGCCUAAUUGAAUCAAGUCUCCCAUGCAUUGGGCAGAAAGCUGGGAUUGUGGAUGUUUUCAUAAUGAGAACUUUUUAAUUUCCUACAUAGGAAUGUGACCUUUCUUAAAAUUUAAAAAUUAAGAGGAAUAAAAGCAAUACUAAGUUGAUACUUUAACGUUCUUACCUUUGAAGGUAACAUUUAAGUUCAUUGUGCCUGAAGUUACAUGAUUUUGUCCAGCUCUCUAAAUUACCAUCUCAGAUAGGUUUAGAUGCUUCAAAUAGUAAACACAUUACUGGUAAGUAAAUGGUGGGGUUAUGGCAUUUAGCAGGUGGGGAAAUAGGAAGGGGAAUGAAAGGUGAGAGAUCUUGGCUACCCCCAUGAUAAGACUGCCUUAUCAGAUAACUUCAACCUUUUUUGUAUU